AUGUCAACGAUCAAGCAGCUUGCUCCCAUGCGUCGUCGUCUCUGCUUCCACCACCUCCUCACCGUCCCAGUGCUGCUGCUAGCUGCGGCAGCGGUGCAGGAGUGCGCGGCGCAAGGGGGCGGCGGCGACCACGCUCCUUUGGUCUCCCCGCUCGCCAAGGACCCCGCCACCUCCCUCUACACCAUCUCCAUCAAGGACGGCGCGGGCCCCCUCGUCGUCGACCUCGCCGACCCGCUCGUCUGGUCCGCGUGCGCGUCCGGCCACCCGACGUUCCCCUGCGGAUCCGCCGAGUGCGACGCCGCCAACAGCAAUAGGUUCUGCUGGCAGCAGGAUUACGGUGCCGGUGCUGAGGUCGAUGGAGGAGACGGCGGCCGCGACUGCACGUCCACGGCGCGGCCCUGCGAUCCGGUCACGCGCGGCCGGUGCGCGCCCGGGGACCUCACGACCUUCGCGAUGUCGGCCAACGCCACCGACGGCCGGAACGCGCUGUACCCGGUGCCGUUCCAGGCCGUGGGCGCGUGCUCGCCGGACCAGCUGCUGCGCUCGCUGCCCGCCAGCGCCGCGGGCGUCGCGGGGUUCAGGCGCGCGCCGCUGUCCCUGCCGGCGCAGCUGUCCGCGCGGCGUGGGUUCGGCCGCAGGUUCGCGCUGUGCCUGCCCGGCGUCGCCAUCUUCGGGGACACCCCGAUCCACCUCGGCUACUACCCUCCCGAUCUCUUGACCACCGUCGCGUCCACGCCGCUGGCCGCGAACCCCAAGAGCGGCGGCUACUACCUCCCCGUCGAGGCCAUCUCCGUGUCCUGGCCCAACUGGGACGCGCCCACAGCCCGCGCCGCGCUGCCGCCGGACGCGCUGGAGCUCGACGCCGCGACCGGCCGCGGCGGCGUGACGCUGAGCACCGUGCAGCGGUACACGGCCAUGCGCCCCGACGUGUACCGCGCCUUCGUCCGGGCGUUCAACGAGACCAUCGGCGCGCCGGGGUACGUGAAGCCGAUGCCGGCGGUGGCGCCGUUCGAGCUCUGCUACGACACGUUCUCGCUGCGGCACGGGAGGGUGCUGGGGUGGGACGUGCCGUCGAUCCGCCUGGAGCUGGGGGCCGGCGCCUCGAUGAACUGGACGGUGGCCAGCGGCAACUCCAUGGUGCAGGCGGCGGACCGCACGCUGUGCCUGGCCGUCGUCGAGAUGGGCGGCCCCGGCGCCGCGGCACCGGCGGUGGUGAUCGGCGGGUACCAGGUGGAGGACAACCUGCUGGUGUUCGACGAGGACGAGGAGGUGCUGCACUUCAGCGGCCUGCUCUGGGGCUCGGGUGCCACCUGCAGUGGCUUCAACUUCACCGCGCCUCAGUGA